UUGCUCUGAGGAGCAUGGAAGAGUGAGAUCCUUGCAGUUGCUUGAGUUUCUCGUCUGUCUGAUUCUGACAUGAUCAAAUGUUUGGUGGAAGAUGUGCGAGCCAGGCUGCGUUCUGGAGUGACAAUCAGUUCACUGGGGCAAUGUGUUGAGGAGCUUGUCCUCAAUAGCAUCGAUGCCGAAGCAACAUGUAUCGCUAUCAGGGUGGAUUUGGAAGCUUUUAAGAUCCAGGUGGUGGACAAUGGCUCUGGGAUGGGGAGAGAGGACUUAAAUGCGAUGGGAAAGCGGUACUUCACCAGCAAGUGCAGCUCAUUGAGAGACUUGGAGAACCUGACAUUCUAUGGCUUUAGAGGGGAGGCUGUGGCAAGCAUAACCAGCAUGGCCAGUGUAGUAGAAGUUUCAUCUAAGACCAGCAAGACAGCAAAAACAUUUGUGAAACUGUUUCACAAUGGGCAAGCACUGGAAGUCUGUGAAGCUGAAUUGAGCAGACCAAGUGGUGGAACAACAGUCACUGUAUGUAAUCUGUUUUAUCAGUUACCAGUGAGGAGAAAGUGUAUGGAUCCUGUGUUGGAAUUUGAGAGAGUGAGACAGAAGGUAGAGGCUGUUUCGCUGAUGCAUCCCUCUGUCUCAUUUUCUUUAAGGAAUGAUGUUUCUUGUUCCAUGGUGCUUCAGCUCCCUAAGACAAGAGAUGUAUACUCUCGGUUCUGUCAGCUUUAUGGACUGAGCAGAUCUCAGAAGUUACGAGAAAUAAGUCAUAAGUCUGGGGGAUUUGAGCUCAGUGGUUAUAUCAGUACUGAAGGGCAUUACAACAGGAAUAUGCAGUUCUUGUAUGUCAAUAGAAGGCUUGUUUUAAAGACAAGACUACAUAAACUGAUGGAUUUUUUAUUAAGAAAAGAAAGUGUCAUUUGCAAGGCCAAAAGUGGCCCUGCGAGCAGACAAGCCGCUUCAAGCCCCGGUCGCCAUCGUUGUGGCCCAGAGUUGUAUGGGAUCUUUAUCCUCAAUGUAACCUGUGCAUACAGUGACUACGAUGUGUGUCUGGAACCUGCAAAGACUCUAAUCGAGUUUCAGAACUGGGAUGUCCUUCUAGCUUGCCUAGAGGAAGGAGUGAAAGUAUUUUUGAAACGAGAACAUUUAUUUAUUGAACCGUGUAGUGAGGACAUCAGAGAAUUUAAUGAAGAUAAUGACUUUUGUCUGCAUAAUGCUCCAGCUCUGAAGCCCUCAAUCUCUAAUGAGAAGAGCAUCCAAGACAGUUUUAAGAAAGCAUGCAGCCAAAUUGUGGAUUCCUAUGAAAUGUGCAGCUUGCAAUCAAAAGACGUCAAAAGGAAAUCUGUUCCUGGAAAAAAGUCUUCAGGUCUUACAGAGUCAAAUAAAAACCUACAGGAAACUGAAACUGCCCUAAAUCAGAAGAGUGCUGAACCAUCUGAUCCACGUAGAAACAAUAAAGCAGACAUUCCACUGCCCAGCAAAGAUGACACAGUUUCUGGUUUCAGUAUAUCAAACAUCCUAGAGCAGGAGCCAAAAGACACUAAUGCUUCCCAAAAGGGGUCUGAUACUCAUCUGAAACCUUCAGAAAAUGUUCAUUCCUCUUUCAGUGGAGAGGGCAGGCCAGAAAUGAGAAAAACAGACAGUUGUGUUGACCUGCAGCAUUGUGCAGGGAUUCACCCAAAGGGUGUGGGAAACCAGCAAGGCAAAGCAGCUGAGAAAAACAACACAGUCCGUAUCUUAAACAGCAAAGCUGCUCAGUUGCCAUGUGAGAGAGAAGACCCUACUGAAACAACAGUGGGACCCGGAACUGUCUCUGGGAGUUCAUUGAUGAGACCUUGUAAUGUAAGAAGAGGGGAUGAGGAAAGAGCUGAAGUGAUAGAUGAUGCUGGAAGAGGGGCUCUUGGUUCAGCACCAAUAAAAUUGGGCUCUACAGGCCUCACAACAUGUGUUCUGCAAAGUGCCAUGCCUGAACGUGAACAAGCAGAAACAAAUGUUGACAUGCAGUGUAGACCUGGCCCUGUCAGUGCCAAGGGUAUAUUUUGCCACAAAGCAAAUUUUCCUGUUCACUCUUUAAAUGCUAAGGAUAUUUCCAGUAACACAAGUAAAGAAUAUGUAUCUCCUUACAGCAGAGAGGUAUGCAUGGCUGAUGGUAAGGAAUGGUUAAGUAACAAAACUUUGUCAAAGAAGGUGAGUGAGGAGACAGCUAUGCCUGUUGCCACCAGCAAAAGACAUGAGACAUUGAAUUUUACUCAGUUGCCAGUGGCAACUUCUUUGGGUGUUCCUCACAAAAAGGUUCUAAAAAGCACUAGAAGACAAUUGAGUGUGCCACGAUCUCAGAGCUCUAAGCAGCCAAGCUGGUCCAUGCAGCUGGGUUCACUAGAAAAGUUCAGGAGAUACUACGGGAGAGUCAAGCGUACGCCACCAAAAUCAUCUUCAGAGCAGAGUGAGUUUGGCCUCCCAGUUUUUAGUUCCCAAGCUGAUUGUGACUUUUCAAAGAAUGAGAAUGACAAUCAUAGUAACAUGAGCUCUUGUGAAGCUCCAGCUGUGGAAGGUACAGAUUCUAAUAGUAGUAGCCAAGUUUUUGGUCCUUUGGGAGACACUUUGUUCUGCAGUGGAGAAAUCUCACAGGACAAGCGAGCUCUUUGUCAGAGUCCUCUGACAUUGUCAGAUUACUCUCAGGUUAGUAAAAAAACUACCAGUUGUAGAAGAUCUCCAGGAUCACUAUCAUCCAAGCUGUCCAGAAUGAAAAGUGAUCACAAAGAAGUAGAACAAGUUGGUGAACAAUUCCAAACAGAUUCGUGUAGAAAAGAAGACCACUCUUGUGAUCUUGAAUCUUCAAGAAAUGAUCAUUUGUCAGAUGCUUGUGAAACAUACAAAUCCUUAGUGGGAGAAAGGAGUGAAUGUAAUCACAUCAUUUCUAAGGAGGAUGCAUGCUGGCAAUCAGACCUUAGGAGAGCAGAGGCCAUGCAAAGUAUGGUCAACCCAUCUCCACUCAUCAAUGCAGAAGGGGAGUACAUAGUCCCUUCAAGCAGUGUUUUAUCAUUACCUGCUGAAAAGGAUUGUGUUAACAUCACUUGUAAAGACAAAAGUACAUUAAAUGAGUCCCCAGAACAGAAUUUGAAAGAUACCACCCUGAGUAACUGGGAAUUCUCUGCAGAUAACACAGUCACAGGUGAUCCCAGGAAUGAUUUAUCUUCUGACUGGCUGCAAGACUUUGAUGUUUCGUCGGGUAAGACAAUAUACAUCAACCAAGCAACUGGACUGAGCAUCUACGGCACUCCUCCUGCAGGAUUUCAAGCUGCCUGCAUUCAGGAUAUAACAACAAUGGCUGUGGAUGUGGUUUCAGAGAGCGGGUUUCAGUUCAGGUGCCAUCCCUUUAGAAGUGAGAUCGUGCUACCCUUCCUUCCUAGACCUCGAAAAGAGAAGACUCUAGCAAGCCAGGAUCUGAGAGAUGCUGAAGGGCAGUCUCUCCAGUCGUUGCUUUCAGAAUGGGAUAAUCCUUUGUUUGUUCCCUGCCCAGAGAUUGCUGUUGAUGUGACCAGCAGUCAGGCUGACAACCUGGCUGUGAAAAUUCACAAUAUCUUGUAUCCUUAUCGUUUCACCAAAGACAUGGUCCACUCCAUGCAGGUUCUUCAGCAAGUGGACAAUAAAUUCAUUGCUUGUUUAAUCAACACUAGGAAUGAAGUGGAUAAAAAGGCAGAUGGCAACCUCUUGAUUUUGGUGGACCAACAUGCAGCUCACGAACGGAUCCGCUUGGAGCAGCUUAUUGCAGACUCCUAUGAGAAGGAAGCUGCAGCAUGUGGAAAGAAGAAAUUACUGUCCUCCUCCAUCUCUCCCCCUUUGGAGAUUGAAGUUACAGAAGAGCAAAGACGAUUUCUGCGAUGCUGCUACAGAAGCUUGGAGGACUUGGGUCUUGAAUUAUCAUUCCCUGAGAACAAGAGUUCCUUAGUUCUAGUGAGGAAAGUGCCACUGUGUUUUAUAGAACGAGAAGCCAAUGAAUUACGACGGAAAAGACAACCUGUCACCAAAAGUAUUGUGGAGGAGCUUAUUCAAGAACAAGUUGAGCUAGUGCAGACCACAGGAGGAGGAGCACGAGGAACACUGCCUCUGACGUUUCUGAAGGUGCUGGCUUCCCAGGCCUGUCACGGAGCUAUUAAGUUCAAUGAGUGCUUGACUUUGGAGGAGAGCUGCAGGCUUAUUGAAGCUUUGUCAUCUUGCCAGCUGCCCUUCCAGUGUGCUCAUGGAAGACCUUCCAUGAUGCCUCUUGCAGACAUAGACCAUCUACAGCAGGAAAAGCAGCCCAGACCUAAUCUGGCUAGACUGCGGAGGAUGGCGCGAGCGUGGCAACUGUUUGGGAAAAAAAGACCCUAGUCAAAACAGGUUAAGACUGUGAGAUGUGACCACUGUAAGUGUUGGUAUGAUCGAGGUCCCCCUGUUGCUUGGAGCCCGCUGUGUGGAGCCACAUUUCCAAGCCAGUGCAGUCUCAAGUUCCGCUCCAAGUACUGACAGGAGCAGAGACCAGCCAGGGGAACGUGGCAGAAGGAGCCCACUGUUGUAGCCUGGAGAAGCAUCUCAACAUUGAGGAACUGCCUUGUAAACCUCUGCCUCAUGUCAGUGCUUGACUGUCACAGGCAAGAAGUUGCAGCCACAUGUAGUUACUAAAGUGCUUUUUCUCUGCAAGCAUAGCGUGAUUCUGCAUCAGAGAGAGGAGACUUUUAAUCAAUUUAUUUUAUUGUGGUUUGAAAAUGGGGAGGUAUUUAUUAAUAAAGUUAUCACUAGACUUUCCUUGAGCUCAUGGCAGUGGUUGGAAUGGACUGGCCAGCUUCAUAGUCUAUACAGGCCAACACAGGAUCAAACCCCAGCAUUUUUAUUCAACUAGGCAAUGAAAGGCACACCCAGCUGUUCUCCAGCUGCCUGUAAGUUUCAUUCUUACAAGAUUUCUGAAUCCUAGCAUAGCCCCACAUUCCCAGGGCACAGAAACCUACCCCCACAGAAAUAACUAAAUACCACACAGUAUUUUUCAGAAUAGGCAGACUUUUUCUCCCCCCACAGGUUCCAGUUCUAUUUUGUGUCUAAGAUAGGAGCGUAGAGUUUAUUUUAGUGGUAAAAGAAGCUGAUAUCUUUGUUUAAUCACAGACAUCAAACUUAAAACCAAAUCAGAGAAAUGUUGACACCUGCUGAAUCAAAAGCAAAACAAGGAGUGGAAACUACUUUCAUGUGAUGCUGGAACUGUGGUGUAGUGUAUUGCCAUGCACUGAUGAAGUGGACUAAGGCAAAAUGAUCUGACUGACCUGCGAGAGCCUGAGAUUUCUAAGACAUUCCAUGCUGCCCCUCACAAAACUCAGGAACUCUGCCAAUGAGACAAGAUGUCCACCCAAGGAGAACAGUCACAGUCACUCAGUUACUACAGGAAAGACUCUCAGCCUGCAAUAAGCAAAGCAAGAUCUUGAUCUUUUCUUCUUUCAUGGAAAGGAACAAGCUAGCUGCUGGGACUGCUGAAGAUCUGCUUUUCAUCACGGAUGGAAUUGCCAUUCCAGCUGGUUUGUAUUUCAGCAACUUGCCAAAAAUUGUCAGAAAAUUCUACACAAAGUAUGGAUUUUGAAGACAAUUACCACAGUUGGAUAUGAAAGCAUAUCUUGA